AUGCAGCUCAACAUCCCCCCGAGACUCCUUCGGGUCAUUGCGGGAUGCGCCGCGGGGACCCUCGUCCUGGUGCUGACCCUGUCGGUCUUGAUGCAGAAGCGCGAUGACCGCAGCGCGGGUUCGUUGGAUUUGCCCGCGUAUUCGGAGAACAGGACUCUGCCUGCUCUGACGGAGCAGAAGCCUCACUGGACGACUGAGCAGCUUGUGCCCAAGUUUGCCUAUGUGCAGUAUGCCACCGAUCUGGACUAUCUGUGCAAUGCUAUCAUCAACUUUUAUCAGCUGCGACGAUUUGGAGCACGAGAGGAUUUCGUCUUGAUCCAUCCAAAGGCCUGGGAGGAAGGAAACUCCAAGGGGGCCAAGGCCAUCGCCAACAUUCGCAUCAAGCACCCUCACAUUCACCUCCGCCCCAUGGAGGUCAUCUCGACUCAAAAGGGCGACUCGACCUGGCGCGAUAGCCUAACCAAGUUCCAGGCCUUUGCCCUCACCGAAUGGACCCGCGUCCUCGCCUUUGACUCUGACUCUCUGGUGCUGAACAACAUGGACCACUACUUCCUGAGCCCUCUGGCCCCCGUCGCCGUGCCUCGCGCGUACUGGCUCAACGAGAAGAGCACCGAGAUCGCCAAGCAGGUUCUUGGAUCCCACGUGAUGCUCAUCGAGCCCAACAUGGCGCGUUACAAAAAGAUUAUCAACGAGGCAUUACAGUCGGGAGACUUUGACAUGGAGGUUAUCAACCACAUGUUUAAAGACUCUGCCAUGAUCCUCCCCCACCGACGCAUCGCCCUCCUGACGGGAGAGUUCCGCUCCAAGGACCACUCCAAGUACCUGGCCCCCGAUGAGGAUGAGGAGUGGAACGCCAUGGGCGAGGUUUCGCGGUCAUUCCUCGUGCACUUUAGCGACUGGCCGCUUCCCAAGCCCUGGAGGAGACGGACCAAGAAGCAGUGGGAGGAUGCGCUGCCAGAUUGCCCGGCUGACGACCGCGCGACAGAGGAUAAGCCAAGGUGUGCGGAUCGAAUGAUGUGGUCUGGGCUUUAUGAGGAAUAUGACAGACUAAAGGGGCUGCAGUGUGGGAUACUGCAACAGUCAUGA